AUGGGUAUAUGCAAUGAAAAACCAACUCAUCUAGAUAUUGAUCAUUAUAAAUCUCUUCUAUCUAUAGAAGAAUUUAAACAAAUUCCGAUUGUCUCACUUGAACAAGCUAUUGAACCAUUAGGUUCUUUAAUACCAACAAUAAAAACUUAUGUUCAAAUGAUCAAAGAAAAAUGUCGUAAUCCUGCUGAUGGAUUAACAUCAGACGAAUCGGCUUCUAUUAUGCUUUAUUCAAUCAUAUGGCAACCAAUAGAUGAAUGUCUUUAUACAGUUUUAAAUUCACUGUUACAAACAUUAGAUAAAAAUAAACUUCAACCAUGGAUUUUAUAUUUAAAACUUUUAUUUUCUGCUCUUAUACAUCUUCCAUCAAAUCAAUUAAUUGUUUAUCGAGAUAAUAAAUCUAAUUUAAGUAAACAAUAUCAUAUUGAUGAGAUAAUUGUUUGGCAAGAUUUACCUCUAUGUACUAGUUCAAUUGAAUAUUUACAAUCAGAAAAAUAUUUAGAUAAAACAGAAAUACGAACACUAUUUACAAUUGAAUGUAAUACAGUUAAAAAUAUUAAUAAACAUUGUUAUUUUCAAGCAGAUAAUUAUUUAUUAUUUUUACCUUUUACAAAAUUUCAAAUAAUUAAAUGUUCUUAUCAACAUAAUGAAAAUUUACAUUUUAUUACUCUUAAAGAAAUUGAAUCAUCAUUUCUUUUAAAUUCUCUAAAUGAAAUUAAAACAAAUUUAAAUACAUCAAUAUCAUUGAAUAUUUUUCAAAGAUUUUGUUUAUCAUUUAAAAUAUUUGGAAAUCAAUCAUCAAUAUCAAAUGAUCAUUAUCAUAAUACAUCUCUUGAACAUCGUAUUUUAAAAAAUGAACAUUCUUGGGCAAUUGAUUUAGAUAGACAAAAUUUAACUGAUCGUGAUAUGAAAAUUAUUGUUAAAUAUGCAAUUAUUAAAAAUCAUUGUAAACGUAUUCGUUUACGAGAUAAUAAUUUUACAUCAUAUUGUACAACAAUUUUAUCUGAAGGUUUAUAUAAUAAUACAACAUUAAAAUCAUUAGAUCUUCGUAAUAAUCAUCUAUCAGAUUUAGGUGUACAAAUUUUAGCAUUAUCAAUUAUACAUUCAAAUGUUGAAACUCUUAAUUUAGAAUCAAAUGAUAUAACAUCUGAAGGUGCACAAUAUUUAGCACAAAUACUUCGAAAUAGUCGAACAUUAACAGAAUUAUAUUUAUCAAAAAAUUUUUUAGGUGAUCGAGGAGUUAAAUAUUUAGCAAAUGCAUUAAGUGAAGAUACAAUUAAUAUUCAGGAACAAUCAAAUAAUAGUAUCUCCGUAGCUAAUCAAACAAUUCUACAACAUCUUUAUCUCGGACAAAAUGAUAUAACAGAUGAAGGAAUAAAAUAUCUUUGUGAUAUGCUUAAAACUAAUCAAACAUUAUCAUGGUUAUGGUUGACUGAUAAUAAAAUAAGUAAUCAAGGAGUUAAAUUCUUAUCAAAUAUACUUGUUGAUUAUAAUAUGACUCUUGAAUGGUUAUUUCUUGAGUCAAACAAAUUAAUAAAUGAUUUAUGUAUUGAUGAUCUUAUUUAUAUGAUUAAACGAAAUAAUACAUUAAAAACACUUUAUAUAAAUAAUUGUAGUUUAACUGAUAUAACCAAACGAAAACUUAUUAAAAUAACUAAAACAAAACGAGAUUUUGAUUUAGAAGUAUAA